AUGAAGAUGAAUAGAAAGAAUAAUGACUUUGUACAUCAACAUUUCAGUCGCAAUCGACUUUACGAACUUUUUUACUUAGAUCAUCCAUACUAUUUUUGCGAUUAUCAUCAAAGCAAACAUGCCGAAGAAUUGUCAUUGGAGACGAAAAUGUCAGAUAAUGAAUUACAGCAGUAUCUGGGAUAUCUAAGAGAACUUGAUCGCAAAGAAUCUCAAUGUAAUGUUGGCCGAAAUGAUAUGGAUGAGCGUUUCGAAUCGAAGAAACGAUCAAUGGGUUUCAUUGCUUCGUUCUUAAAUUGCGGAAUUAUCAUUGGUUUUUCUGAUUCAGUCAACCACGAAGGACCUCGUAAAAUCACCGAUCAUCUUUUGACAAUGUUGAAACUUGGAGCGAAGUUACCUUCAUUAUUAGUCUACGAUGCCGCUUGUCAAUUAUAUAAAUUUUGGAGAUAUCGAUUCGGCACUGAACACAUGCAGAAAACACAAUUCUCUCAGCAAUUGAUGGAGAUAUAUUAG